AUGCUAUCCACACUGGCCGCACCGGGGCUUGGUCUUUCCGAGUCCCAAGCGGCUGAGUCGAGCAACGCUCCUUACGACAACCACGGUGAUGACCGGUCCAGCAGCUUGAGCGAGCUCGGGGAUGCUUCCGACGACCAGGAUGAGCCUACGCCGCGACCGGCUGCAACUUUGGACCUCGGAGACAACGAUUCGGAGGCAGAAACAGAGCGUUUGGACAACACUCCUCAGAAGCCAGCGCGCACAGCCCUGGAUGCAUCACUGGCAUCCGAGCAUACGUAUCAAAAAUCGCCGAGUAAGCUCGCGCACUCGAAAUCGAUUGACCAGAACGAAACUGCACAUUUCGACUCGACCGAUGGUCCGAGGCUUGGCAAGCCAAAUGAUGGUAAUGCGGCUUUGCACGCCCUCUCUCUAGCGGCUUCAUCGGAAGCGGCAAGUUUUACAGAAGGCGUGGCAAGGAAAAGAAAACGUCCAAGUGAUGAGGCCAGCACGCCACAGGAGCAGGCCGAAGAGCCAGCGAGAAAGCGAAGUGGAACUGCUAAAGACUUUGUUCAGCACGAAAGCCGAGGCGACGCAGUGGAGAGCGUGGAACAGGUAGACCCGGAGGAUGAAAUGCAAACUGCGGAAGAGCGCAUCUCGCAAUUGGCGCAAGAAGAGAUUGAGCUUGAAGAACGUCAAGCUGAUAUCGCGGCGGAGGCCAUCACCGAACUCGCUACAGUCGCAAAACACACAAAACCACGGAAAGGAGGCAGGAGGGGAAAGCGAAAGCUGGAGGAGAUACCAAGUACCCACGAAGCUUUAGCAAGUAUCGAGGGUCCCGAAGGCGAAGGAGACGAUGAUGACGAAGAAGACGAUAGUGGAGCCGUGGACGAAGAGGUGGUCAAGAAGAAGCAUGCGAUCGAUGAACUCGGCAAGAUCCAGAAGAAAUUCAAGAUCUUCCGCGAAAAAUUAUGCGAUGAACAGAUAGCGCAGUGCGAACUGGAGCUUGAGAUGCUCAAACAACCUCACUGCGAGCACCCAGAAUACCUCGCUAUGAUAAAGGCUGUCGACGACCGACGAGCUGAGAAGAUCGCAUACGAAAGACAACUGCUACACUAUAAGCAGAAGAAUCUCGAGAUCAUAACGACUGCCGAACGGCACCAGCUGCAUAGUCAAUACUUCCAGACCGUUCGAGACAAACGCGAGGAUAUACUCUCGCUAUGCAACCAGAAGAUCUUUGAGUUGCAGCGAGGACGUCGACAGCUGGGAGUUGAUGAAGUCGAAUAUAUGAUGAGAUUACCUGAGAAGCGCUCAGACCAAAUCCGUCACCAGACCGCUUACAACUUGGAAGUUUCCAUCCUUUCUGGUGUCGCCAAGUAUGUCGGCUUCCCUGCCGCGCCGGAAAUCAGACCUGCACGAGCGUCUGAAAUAGACGAUGAUUUGCGAGCUAUGAAGAUUGUGACUCGCCCUACGGCAGCACCUGUAGUCGCCUCCGCUCCCACCUAUGUACGGCCGAGUUACGGUAGAACCUCGACCACCGACGAGGCAGCAGCGGAGGAGCAGUUUAUCGAGCGAACACCUUGGGCGAACCCACAACAUCCGGCCCAUCAACAAUCACAUCAGCAAUCGCACUACGGGAUUACUUCCGGUGCACCGAGGGUGUCCAGUUACCAUACUCCGAUAGGCCAAAGACGAAUGGAAGUCCCGAACGGAUCUGCUUCUACCAUUGAAGCACACUCGAACCCGCCUUCGGGCGGUCUUCAGAACCACCACGGACGAAUAGGAGAGUCAGAAUCUCCAGUCCUGCAGAUGAAACGGCAUCCUGGUGAGCACCAACUGUACGCGGAAAUUCCGGGACCAGUCCCACGUAACAUGGCCGGGAUGGGGCGUGAGCCCUACGGUAUGUCAGGUCCCGCUGCACCACACAUGGACGCACCGCCAGAUGACCAACCACCGCGAUGGGGUAGCAUGCGCCCAGGGACAUCAAUACCGGGGCGACCAGAUUCAGCGAGAGUACCGCUGACUCAAAGAAGCGCUCUUGGUGCAGUCAGUGUGGGAAGCGGAAACGGGCUCUUUGGUCGGUGA